AUGAUGACGUGCCGUCUGCUGUGCGCCCUGUUGGUGCUUGGUCUGUGCUGCUGCCCGUCCGUGUACGCGACAACAACUGGUGAAGAUAAAACUGAAAAAGAAAACGUUCCAAAGGUUGACGAGCCAAAGCAGGUAACGGAUCCGCCAAGUAGAACUCCUUCUCCACCAGAGAAUAAAGAAGAAUGCAGAGGGCCGGAACAGUCACAUACAACGGGUGCAAUAACCAAAACGCCACAGUCACAAAAUACUUCCAAUAAUACACAGGGUCAAGAUGGUGGGAAGUCUAAUGAACAGACAGAACAUACGAAUACCGUUACGGCAAAUGAACAAAAGAAGGCCGCCGCACCAACUACGACCACGACGACCACAAAGGCGCCAACCACGACGACCACCCGCGCGCCGUCACAUCUUCGCGAAAUCGACGGCAGCCUCAGCAGCUCUGCGUGGGUGUGUGCCACGCUGCUGCUCGCCGCAUCCGCGCUGGCGUACACCACUCUGGGCUGA